AUGUCCUGGCCCCGGCCUUGUUCGCGCCUGCGCACUUUACUGCUGGCAGUAUCGCUCGCGUUCAUCCUCGCCUGGUCCCUCUCACAACGGCAUCAAUCCCCCAUACUGCGACCGCAUAACAUCAUCACCGACCCCACGGCCGACCGACAUUCUUUCUCGUCAUCGUCAUCCUCCUUCUCUGCCGCUCCCUCUGGCGCCGCUACGACAAAUGGGGAAUCCCACGCAGCCGCCAGUGGCACACACCUCGCCGGCCACAUUAAAUUCUGGAGCAAGUUCCAGCCCCUACUAGCCAAAUAUGAGCCCAAAUGCGAACCACCCUUGCGACUGGGCAACGCCGCUUCCGUCCGGUUUGAACAGGCCGACCCCAACGAUCGCGCCGAUCUUCUCGACAUGUACCCGGAGGAUGUGGAAACGAUGCGGACGGCGCACCGCGGCUUCGUCGAGGAUCUCCGAGCACAAUCUCUCGACCUGCACUACCUGCCCAACACCCGCGGACUGGUUUCCACCGCCGGCGGGUCCUACCUCCCCGUGCUCGUGAUCUCGCUCCGCAUGCUUCGUCAGACCGGCUCCGAGCUCCCCGUGGAGGUCUUCCUCGCCAAUGACGAUGAAUACGAGCCCUACAUCUGCGACGUGGUGCUCCCGUCCCUGAACGCGCGCUGCGUGGUGCUCUCGCACAUCUUCGACGCCGUGCCCAAGACCGCUGAGAUCCAAAAGUACCAGUUCAAGCUCUUUGCUAUGCUCUUCUCCUCUUUCGAGGAAAUCCUCUUCCUCGACGCCGAUGCCUUCCCGCUUCUCCCCCCGGAAACCCUCUUCACCAGCGAGCCCUUCCGCUCAAAACACAUGGUCACCUGGCCCGACUUCUGGGCCACCACGGUCUCGCCCUACUACUACGAGAUCGCCGCGCAGCCCGACCCGGCCGCCCAGUCCAUUCGGCAGUCCAGCGAGUCCGGCGAGCUCCUCCUCUCCAAGAAAACCCACACCAAAUCGCUCCUGCUCAGCACCUACUACAACUUUUGGGGCCCGGACUUCUACUACCCACUGCUAUCGCAGGGCGCCGCCGGCGAAGGCGACAAGGAGACCUUUGUCGCUGCCGCCCUGGCCCUCGGCGAGCCCUACUACCAGGUCACCGAGCCCAUCUGCGCCAUCGGCCACGGCACCAAGGGCGGGCUCGCCGGCUCCGCCAUGGUGCAGUUCGAUCCCACCGAGGACUACGCCCUCACGCAGCAGGGCGAGUGGCGCGUGCUGGGCACCUCCAAGGCCGCGCCCCCGCGUGCCUUCUUCAUCCACGCCAACUUCCCCAAGUUCAACCCGGCCACCGUCUUCAACAAGGACCAAUCCGUCACACCGGCCUUUGCCGACGAUGGCAGCUAUACCCGCGCCUGGACCAUCCCCGAGGAGGUCAUCCAGGACUUUGGCGUGGAUGUGGAGCGCCGCUUCUGGAAGGAGAUCGUCUGGACGGCCUGUGAGCUCGAGCACAAGUUUGAUUCGUGGAAGGGCCAGAAGGGCAUCUGCAAGCAGGCGAAGCGGUAUUGGACCGCCAUGUUUGCGGGUAAGAGGAGUUGA